CCGCCGGAGCUGCUGGCGCACCAGCCCUUCCAGGUCAUCCUGCGCUACACCUCCAUCGACGCCCCUGCUGUCUGGUGGCUGGGCCCCGAGCUGACCUACGGCCAUGCGAAGCCCUUCGUGUUCACCCAGGGCCACUCCGUGUGCAACCGCUCCUUCUUCCCCUGCUUCGACACACCUGCCGUCAAGUGCACCUACUCCGCCGUGGUCAAGGCCCCUACGGGGGUCCAGGUGCUCAUGAGCGCCACCCGGAGUUCCUUCUCGGAGGAGGAGGGUGUGUACCACUUCCACAUGGAGCACCCGGUGCCCGCCUACCUCGUGGCCCUGGUGGCCGGAGAUCUCCAGCCAGCGGACAUCGGACCCAGGAGCCGUGUAUGGGCUGAGCCCUGCCUACUAUCCACGGCCACCAGCAAGCUAUCGGGCAUGGUAGAGCAGUGGCUGACCACGGCUGAGAGACUAUAUGGGCCCUACAUGUGGGGCAGGUACGACAUCGUCUUCCUGCCGCCCUCCUUCCCCAUCGUGGCCAUGGAGAACCCCUGCCUCACGUUCAUCAUCUCCUCCAUCCUGGAGAGCGACGAGUUCCUGGUCAUCGAUGUCAUCCACGAGGUGGCCCACAGCUGGUUCGGCAACGCAGUCACCAACGCCACCUGGGAGGAGAUGUGGCUCAGCGAGGGCCUGGCCACCUACGCACAGCGGCGCAUCACCACCGAGACCUACGGUGCGGCCUUCACCUGCCUAGAGACGGCGUUCCGCCUCGACGCGCUGCACCGGCAGAUGAAGCUGCUGGGAGAGGACAGCCCGGUCAGCAAGCUGCAGGCCAAGCUGGAGCCAGGUGUGAACCCCAGCCACCUGAUGAACCUCUUCACGUACGAGAAAGGGUACUGCUUUGUACACUACCUGUCCCAGCUCUGCGGAGACCCUCAGCACUUUGAUGGCUUCCUCCGAGCCUAUGUGGAGAAGUACAAGUUCAGCAGUGUGGUGGCCCAGGACCUCCUGGACUCCUUCCUCAGCUUCUUCCCCGAGCUCAGGGAGCAGAGCGUGGACUGCCGGGCAGGGCUGGAGUUUGAGCGCUGGCUCAACGCUACGGGCCCCCCACUGGCAGAACCGGACCUGUCACAGGGGUCCAGUCUAACCCGGCCAGUGGAGGCCCUCUUCCAGCUGUGGACGGCGGAGCCCUUGGACCAGGUGGCUGCCACGGCCAGCGCCAUCGACAUCUCCAAGUGGAGGACCUUCCAGACGGCCCUGUUCCUGGACAGACUGCUGGACGGCUCCCCGCUGCCCCAGGAGGUAGUGACCAGCCUGUCCCAGUGCUACUCGUCCCUGCUGGACUCCAUGAACGCCGAGAUCCGCAUCCGCUGGCUGCAGCUUGUGGUCCGGAAUGACUACUACCCCGACUUACACCGCGUGCGGCGCUUCCUGGAGAGCCAGAUGUCGCGCAUGUACACCAUCCCGCUGUACGAGGACCUCAGCACCGGCGCCCUCAAGCCCUUCGCCCUGGAAGUCUUCUACCAGACCCAGGGCCGGCUGCACCCGAACCUGCGCAGAACCAUCCAACAGAUCCUGUCGCAGGGCCUGGGCCCAGGCGUCGAGCUGGCUGCUGAGCCGGGCGCUGAACGGGACGCAGGCAUGGGCGCGGACACGCCGGCCCUGCUGCUCGGGGACGAGGCCCCAGGCACUGCCCUCUCUCUCAGGGACGUCAACGUGUCCGCCUAGCCUGUGCGGGCUGCCCACCACCUCCGGACACCACGAUUGUGCCUUCUGGGUGCGACCGGGACCACCCAUCCCCCGUCCGCGUGGGCUCGCCAGGAUGCAGGGUGCGGGUUUGCGCGGGGCACGGGCUCUGUGGGGUUUUGCCCAGGCCCCUGCGGCGGCCCCCGGGGCAGCGUGCCCUCCGUGCGCGCAUAGGGGCCGCGCCCAGCCCGGACUCCCGGCAGCAGGCGCGGGUGUCCACGCCAGGCCCCCCGGUGACCACCACACUGUGCCUUACGUUGCGGGCGGCCUGGCCAUCCUCUGUCUGUCUUGCCGCCGCAGCCUCCUGGGCAGAGGGCCAGGGACGCAGACUUGCCCUCUGUUCCCCAUGCUUCUGCCAGGGGGCACCAGGGAGAGGCAGCACGACCCCAGGGAGGGGCCAGGGGCCCAGGAAAGCCUUAGCCCCUCAGGGAACUGGCGUCCUAGGUGGGAACAGGGUGGGGCGAGCGCACGGGCGAAGCAAUACCGCAGGGAAGCGGCAGGUGGCGCCGGUGCUCUCCUUAGGCCACCUUGCUGCGGAGGCGGCCGUUGGGGUCUCCAGGGACCACUGGGGUGAGGGCCUUGACUAGGCCCCGCACCGGCACCGGGAUCGUCCCAUUAAACCUCCACUUUGCAAACCUGA